CGAUCCUCUGGACUCUUGUGGGCACAUUCAUCAAUGACAAUACUCGGUGCAAAUUCAUCUUCUACUCGGGCAACGACUACCAAGGCCCUGGAGGUCUUUCCGAAUACAUCGAGCCGCGUUCCAUCCCCGACUUUCUCGGUGGCACUGCAAAGAUUAUGCGUUGGAUUAUCUUUUCGACUCGAGUUAAUUGACACGCGGGUUGUGGAUGGAGCCCUUGUCCCGAAGGCCUUGUACAUGAGCGAGGAAGAGAUGGAGAAAGAUAGAGAACAUUUUCCUCUCUGCGAAGAUUCGAUCUAUCACAGUGUGUCAAUUGCCCGAGGCCAAGUCCACGAAGUCGUCAUCAACAACGAAGACGUCGGCAGCGUCAUUUGCUGGGACUUCGACGUCAUGAAGCAAGCGGUUAUCUUUUCGGUGCUUCGGACUCGACUCCCGUUGCCGCCGAAAAAUGAACCGAGCAAAGCGGUGCAUAGCAUCAACCCUCUGGCAUCGGACAGCGACCAUCGCACGGUAUUUGAGAAAGGCUGGAAGGAAGGCACCGACUACUUCUUGGUGGAAGAUGCCAUCACUUGCCACGACGGCGAGAGCAUCCAGGGUUCGCACGCCACGGAACACAAAGGCACUUACGUCUUGCAAUGGAAGUGUGUGGACUCUCAGGCGAGCUCAUUUGCCAAGAACGUCACGGAGCUGAUUGAUUCCAUUACGAUCACGCAUCACAAAGCCAAAGUCAUGUACUUCCACGAAGUACUGACUUCGCAGGAUCUCAAUCCACUUGCUUCAGAUUUCCUCGUUUCCGCCGAUUCAUUUCUCCAUUGGUUCGCCACUGGCAGCUUUCUCGCCUUCCUUUUCACUUGGGUGUCCAUUCUGAGCAGCAGCAGUCGUGCUUCCCAAUGCCGGAAACGGGGAACGAGAGAUGGGAAUUUCGCGUGCUCCGCCCUUCUCAAUUGCCAUUUGUUUCGGCGCAGUAACGCUAAGAACUCCGUCUGA